UAGCAAAAUGGCGACCGGUGAUGACAGUUUCUCAGCCUCCGUGACACAAUCAUCAGAUGUUGUAUGUAAAUUUUCUUGUUCUCCAUGCAAUGAAAAUGGAAUCGUUUCGGAAGCAGUAUUCAAGUGUCUCCACUGUCAGACGUUUCUCUGUAUUAGAUGCUACGAGGGCCACAACAAAUUUGUAAGAAAACACACUAUUGUUAAUGUCAACGCCGAAGAGACAGGUCCAAAAAUAAUACAAAUGAAAGGAUAUACUUGUGACGAACAUAAAGAAAAGUUGAUUGAAAUGUUCUGCCAGGACCAUGAUGCGGUUUUCUGCUCUGCUUGCACAAAGAAACAUAGGUCAUGUAAAGGGGUUAACUACAUUCCAGAUAUUGCUGACACCAUUCUACAAGACCAAAACAAAAUUGCAGUCAAACUAGAUCUAGAAAAUCAAUUUUCGGAGCUUCUUAUGAUUAAAUCAAGCCGCAAAAAAUAUUUGAGCAAACUCAACUCUGACAAAUAUAAAACUAUUAAUGCAAUAAACAAGUUCAAAGUAAAGUUGUUAAAAAAAGUCGAAGAAUGGGAAAAAUCGUCAAUUUUACAAGGUAAAGAAAGAUAUGAGGAAACGACAGCUAAUAUCAACUCUGACCUGCAUAAUAUUGACCAGCUUUUUGGUGAUGUCAAGAAACAGCUGUCUAAAAUGAAAGAGGGCAAGUAUGACGAUCAAAUGGAUGAAUUUGUUACAUUGAAACUGUCAGAACGUCAAGUGAAGAAAGUAAAAACCCGCACAGCAGAAUAUAUGUGGAAACCAGUAGAAAAAAUAGAGUUUAAGCCUUGUGACGGGAACAUAUAUUUUGGAAAUUUGCAUUUUUUUCAAAGACCGCUAAAUGCUGUUUACAUUGAUCAUACUUGGCGUAGUUCAACAUUUGUCAAAGACGAGCUGGUUCCCGGUCUUCUUGAGAUUGGAAUACAUUCCAAAUGUACUCAAACGCAUGGAGAAGUUGAGGCAGACGUUAUAACAAUUUAUGUGGUUUCAGAUAUAUUAGAUCUAUUUCAGUUGGAUGAUUUCCUUCGUGAAGAGCGUUUCAACUUCU